AGCCAAUGCUGCCAUAGGUUCUGUAGAUUCAGCCUAUAAUGGCAUCUUAUUGAAAGGAUACUACAUUCCUAAAAGAUCAAGCUCUCUAAUAACAACUGAUUAUUUAUUUAAGGUAAUGACUAAUAAGGUAUUCCGCAUUAAAAUUUCUGAUGUGAAGAUUGGAUAAUUAAUAUAAAAAGCUAGUUCAUAAAAGCUAUUAGAGGGCUUGGAGUAAUUGAAUAUUGGAAAGCCAUGGGGAUUUGAUUAAGAUCACCAUCCAGACAAUUAAUGGAUGGUGAAUGUUUUAUUCACAUUAAACCCAAACCAUAAACUGUUUAAAGAUUCUGUUCAUGAAUGCUAAUCUAUAUUAACUUAAGAAGACUUGAAGUAAUUGUUUUUGUAUUAUUAAUAUAGAAUGAUAUAAUCUUUUAAUACAUCCAGCGAACGACAGUCACAAGGAAGGUUUUUUCAAAGAACAAAAUAAUAGACUCUUGAAUACAAAUUAUAAAUGAAAUAGGUAAGAGCCUAAAAUAAAUAAAAUAAACUUAAAAAUAAAAAAUAAGAGAUCAUUAAAUUGAAUCAAUAGAUUGAAGAACUAGAAGAUGCUUCUAUUUAAGAAGAGCACUAAACAUGA